AUGUGGAAACACGGAACGUCUGCACAUCUGGUGCUUCUUGUUUUUGCAAUUUCUAUUGUUAAUGCAGACAUUUAUCUGCAUAUACCCAGAGGAAGCAAUAAUCGACUGAAUGAAAACACAGCAACAAGAAAAAAUGCAAACAGAUUGUUUGACAGUCAGAACAACAAUCGUGGUGGCUAUAAUGUUGGAGAUAAAACGGAUGCUGCCUCUGGUGAUAAUGCAGCAAACCAAUACAACAUGAAAUAUCUUCAGAGUGGAUCUUGGAAAACCAUGUCAGGUGACCAGGGUAAGAGUUUUUUGACUAUUGAGUGGACCAACCAGCAUGGCUGUGGCGGAGAUCAGAACAACCAGCAGAAACAGAAUUGUGCCUUAAUUCUGCAGUACAUGUGCCAGGAUGAUACUCAAAGUCCUACUGCAGACACCUUGAGAAAUGGUGUAACCACAGACACACAGGGUUACACAAAACCAAAUAACAAUAAUAUUGCAGCUGAUCGCAAAACUACGGACGUAAACGAUAAAAGAGGGUAUCAUGAAUCCUGGGAUUGGUAUAAUAAAUGCUACUUGCGAGAGAGGAAUAAAGGGUUAUUUGUGGCUGAUCAGAUGCUGACAGCAAACAAUGGCUUGGGUUACAGCAGUGCCAUCUACACCCGCCAGAAUCCAACAGGAAAUCGCUAUGGUUACGAAUGUCCAGAAGAGCGUGAUUAUUUUCCCUACUGGCAUCCCACACCCUGGUCUGAUAUAGCCAUUCUGGCAGAAAAUGCAUCAGUGUGCAGUCAUUACACCAGCAAGAGCUUUAAUGUCCAGCCUUAUGGAGAAUGUAGCCAGAACUCUUCCAGAUACAAUAAUGAAGCUUCUUGUAGACAGAAUGGAGGUGUCUGGAACCUGCUGUACAGUUACCUAGAGAAGGCACCAGACAAGCGCUCUCAGGCAGCAUGUGACGCCACUAAAGUCACUGGUCUUACCUACAAGUGGGCAGUACCCUUCGACGGCACAGUGCCUGAAUGCUUGGUUCUUCUGGAUAAACCUGACUGCAGGGAGGCUCCUUGGUCUAGGUCCAACCAUCUUGGUAAUGGCGUACAUGGACUGCCCCUCAACUAUACUUGGACACUUCCAAAUUUUCCUUCCGGCAAAAUCAAAAGUUGUGUUUUUCGAAUUCGGUACAACAUAUCAACUGAUGACUAUGAUCCAUACAAGACAGAUUACAAGCAAAAUGAAGAAUUUCCGAAGAAAUCACCAAUUAAACAAAACCCAUAUGUGUAUGUGAUGAGCAACCAGUCACCAUUACGUUUAGCCCUCAAUACAGCGCAGUAUGGCAGAGUAUUUCAAGACAGGAGCCAUGUUUUUAAACUUAUACCAAGACCAGUUGGCUUGAAUCAAGGACGAAUUUAUAAUUUGAAUGUCCGAGGGAAGAGAGGCAAUAUUGUGCAGACAUACCCAGCUGUAGAAUACGACUUUGCUCCAAAUACACUGGAAAUCAAGAAAGAAGAUAUGGUGCACAUACAGUGGACAGGCUCUAACACACACAACAACAACAAUCCGGCUGGAGAUGGACAAGCUGGGGAUGCUGGAGAAGGAAAAGGAGGAACUGAUCGCAGCAACUUUGUUGAACUGAGUGAUCGAAGUAGUAACUUUCCAACUCCCUUUGAAAACACACAGCUUUGGAAAAAUGUCAAAGUCGAGUGGAUUUAUUUUGGGAAAAAUGAUAUUUCACCACAAGAUCUUGCAAUCAAUAUGGCUUCAGCAGGAUAUUACAGGUGUGCCAUUAACUGUACAGACUCAGUUGCCAGCAAAGCUCAGAUGAACAAUCUGUUAGACAAUGCUCCAGCAUCAUACGAAGGGGCACUACUCAGAUUCAAGAAAGAAGGUUCCUACCACUACAUGUGUACUCGCAACAACAACUUUAGCAACAGAAGUCAGAAGGGAGGCAUUAUUGUUAAGUAA